UCAGUUUCAAGCGACAUUGACGCUUGUGCUCAAGCGGCGUUUCCAAACGGAGCGUGGUCGAUAUUUUGCUUCUUUCGUUUAAAAAUGCUAAAGAAGAAGUCAAGCGAGGGCGAAAAGAAAAGGAAGCACCCACCGCCCGACGAGCGGCAUCGGAACAGUAAGCGUAGAAGCGCCGAAAGCAACGUCGAGGACGAGUUCGCCGACCCGGAGCUGGACAGGGUCGGCAGUGACAUUGAGGAAGGCGGACUCGACCUCGGCGUGCCGUUUAAGCCCAUAAACGCCUACGUCGGCGACAAGAAAAAGAUGCUGGAGCAGUGCUUCGGGGUGUUGGGAGAAAAGAAACUACGUAGGAUGCUGCCCGAGCCAUUCAAGGAUUUGAAUUUAGAGGUGGUCCGACGACUGUGCUGGGAGCAACUGGAACCAAUUUCGGAGAGGAACAUCAUGCAGAUCCUAUCUGGGGGAGAAGUUACCGAAGAGGACAACGCCAGCCAACAGAACUCGCAAAAGAAGGAAGACGACAACAUGGACUCCACUGCCAAAGAACCCGAAAAGACUGAAAACGCCCAGAAAGAGGGCACAGGCUCCAACGAUGAGAGCGACGUCCUCAGCAUCGACGCCGGCGACAGCGAUAUCGACGCACCUAAGGAGGAGCCGCCCGGCAAAACGGCGGAAAUCGGCGCUGGCGGACACCCCUCGCGGGGCAAAAAGGACAUCCAAAGCGACAUCGACCGAAGCGUUAGCGAAAUUUUGGCGCCGGCGGAGAAGGAGGCCUCUGCAGUCGUUCGCUGCCGGGCGGACACGGGGGCGGACGCCGCCCCGUGUCCGCCGUCCAUUCAGCAGCUGGAACUUCUUGAGCUGGAGAUGAGGGCACGUGCCAUCAAAGCCCUCAUGAAGGCCAGUCACGGAAAAAUGUCUUAACCAAGUAAAAUAGUUUCAUUGCAAUGUGCUCAACCUAAAUUGUAUUGAUGUAUAUUUCAGAUACAAAUAUAUGCUAGUGUGUCGUGUGCACUAGGUGGCAGUAUUACUCCAGUAUUAAUGUUCUGCUUUUCUAUGAGUACGUUUGUGGCUACAAUAUUGGACCACAAUAAAUUUUGAAAUUUCUUUUAAUGGGUGACGUAAGCAAAAUCAUUACAUUGCCCCAAAAGCAACAGGAAGUGACCUGAAAUACCCCAAAACUACAAGAAUUGACCCAAUAUCAACAGAAAUGCAAAAUACAAAACUGGAUGUGAUUUGGAAAUGCUUCACGAUAUAUCAUUAGAACAUCACCAUCGCAAUUGAUUUUUUUGGUUUCAUAAAAGCAAGUCUGCAGAGACAUUGCCUCUGGAUCCCUUUCAUCAGAGCUGGGUAGAGUAGCCAAAAGUUGUACUCAAGUAAGAGUAGCGUUACUUCAAAAUAAUAUUAAAGGCACUGAAGUACAAGGAAAAAAAAUAUUUGGUGAAAGGAAUACUCAAGUAAUGAGUAACAUUGUGAGUAACUGCUUACAAUGUUUGAUUUUUAUUUUUUUAAACAUGGGAUUUUUUCUUAGCAAAUGAUUCAUUUUUAUGGUGCUUUAAAGACGACAUGAUUUAACAGUCGGGCGUGAUACAAGAACUGCCAGCUUGAGACUGAUUGCUAUAAUGGAGUCAUGUUAUUACAACCCCUAGCAAAAAGUACCAGUCUCGGACGAGCACUCACUCAAAGACAUUUUAUUAUGUAGAACAAACGGAUUAAAAGCUUGAAAAAUUAAUGAAUUAGUUGAAAAGUGCAACUCUUUAGCAUCCAGAAACGCUAAAAGAAAUGAAUAAAAAACAUUGUGGUGGUCAGUAAAUGUUACUUUUAUAGAGCAAGUGCAGGGAAACAUAUAGAAUCCCUCCCUGAAAUCUUGAAGUUGUUAAAUUUAACAUUAUUAAAGUAUCCAGUGGGGCAUCACAAUACAUUAAAUUAGGUGACAGUGGCAUUAAAAAGCAUUAAACGAGAUUUGCUGAUACCUGUAAAAACCCUAUGAACAGGACAGAUAAAAAAAUAAGGCUGUCAAACAAUUCAAAUUUUUAAUUGAGUUAAUCACACCCUUAAAAUGAAUUGUAAUUCAUCGCAAUUUAAACCAUAUCUAAAAUAUGCCAUAUUUUUCUGUAAAGUAUUGUUGGAAUGGAAAGAUAAGACACAAGAUGGAUAUAUACAUUCAACAUACUGUCAAUAAGUACUGUAUUUGUUCAUCAUAACAAUAAAUCAACAAGAUGGCAUUAACAUUAUCAACAUUCUCUUGAGGCGAUCCAUGGAUAGAAAGACUUGUAGUUCUUAAAAGAUAAAUGUUAGUACAAGUGAUAGAAAUGUUAUAUUAAAACCCCUCUUAAUGUUUUCGUUUUAUUAAAAUUUCAAAAAAUUUCAAUCAAAAAAUAAACUAGUAGCUCGCCAUUGUUGAUGUCAAUAAUUACACCAUGCUCACUCAUGGUACUAACCCAUAAAAUCAGUUGGACGCAAGCGCCAGCAGAGGGAGCCAAACACCAACAACAAGUAACAAGCAGGCAUUACACUACUGUCAUUUUAAUCUAUUUGAGCGGGGCAUGUGCGUUAAUUGUGUCAAAUAUUUUAACGUGAUUAAUUUAAAAAAUUCAUUACCGCCCGUGAACGCGAUCAUUUUGACAGCCCUGUAAUUUUAUAUUAAAACCCCUCUUAAUGUUUUCGUUUUAAUAAAAUUUGAAAAUUUUCAAUCAAAAAAUAAACAAGUAGCUUGCCACUGUUAACGUCGCCAAGCGGCGACGUCACACGGCCUCCCUGCCGUUCUUCCACAGUGUCUUUAACUGCGUAAAGUAGUUAUUGAAAUACACCACAAGGUGUCAAUGGCAUGUUUUAAAUUACUUAGAAACCAAGCCAAUGAGUGUGUUUUGUCCAUCGACUGACGCCGCAGUUCCCUGUUUACUGGUCCAUCCACGUCAUUUGAGUGCUGGCUUCACAACGUACAAGACCUCUGAUAGUUUGUACAUUGUGACUAAAUAUUGCAAUCUAGUGUGUUUGUUGAGCUAAACGAAAUGUUUCAAUAGAGUUUGACCAAAGUCUGAGUAAAUUUUAUGUGUAUUUUACAUAGCUAUGCUUUGCAUUGAGCACUUUUCUUUAUGUGGAUAUUAUUUUUUUGGAGAGAUAGGAAUAUUAUUUUUGUUGUGCUUUCACUAAAUGAUACUCAUGUUUGUUGUGAAGGAGUUGCCGAAGUUUAUGCCAAUAAACGGCGCGGUCCAAUGAA